UAUUCAAACUGUUACUUUCUUUUCUUUUCGCUUUUCAUUUUGUACACAAACCAAAAAUUCAUAGCCCGCCCUACCCAAGAGUAAGAUGACAUUUUCCACGGUUUUUCCCAUUGCAUAUUGCACGUUUGUUAUUACACUGAGUGGGUUUACAAUGUGGAAGGUGAUGUGGUCCGUAUCAACCAUUCAGUCAUCAAGCGAAAAUGAUAGUCAGCCUGGCCAAGGUCUUUUCUUUCCUAUGUGGCUAAAUGCGGGUUUAGUUGCAUUAUUUGUUGCUCAGCACAGUUAUUUGAAAACUAGUCAAAUUGGAGAUUACUUGCGUCGACACCGUAUCACUUCGUCUAUUUCAAGAAGUAUUUAUGUCAUCCUCACUUCGGUGGCUCUUCAGAUCAUCAUGGCAUUGUGGACUCCAAUUACCUCAUAUAGUUUGUGGCGGCUAAAUACUGAUGGCUCACUACUUUGGUGGAUCUUUGCUACAAUUCAUGUUUUGUCAUGGGCUAGUAUAUAUGGAGGUUCAGUACUCCUUGAUCUUCCAGAUCUGAUUGGCAUCAGACAAAUUUACUAUUUCUGCCUUAAUCUGGCUGAGACUUCAGAUCUGAAAUCAACUGAACUUCAACGCCUCUACAAACACAAACGUCAUCCAGGGUUUAUGAGCAUUGUAGUUCUGCUUUGGAUCACUCCUUUUAUGAGUUUGGACAGAUUCCUUUUAGCUUUGGCUUUCACUGUUUACAUGGCUGUAGCUUGGGAGCCAACAGUGGAUGACAGACGCUAUCAUCAAAGACAGCUCGAACGCAAACAACAUGAAAUAUCGUACAGUAACCGAAGGAAACAAAUGCAAAACUCUGAGUUUAGAAAUUUCAGAGGUUAAUGGCGUGAACAAAUCAAAUAAUUGCAGUGAUUCAUAUGUCUGAAAACAUGAUCAAAUUCCUAAUAAUUGAGAUACCCUAACCUUAAAUAAUCUAGCACACUAAGCCAUAAGAUCCGUGUCUACCUGAUUAAUGCUUUUUUCUUUUCGAAAUUAUUUAUAAAAACCACAGAAUAUUAUUUUGUCCUUCAUCCAAAGAUGGUAAACUUUCAACAAGCGCUACAAUAACUAAUUUAUAAAUUCUAUUUCAUUCUGUUUAGUCUUAAGGGAAAUGUUUCCAGUACUAACACCUUUAAAAGGAUCUCUUCACUGUUCCUCAAAUCAAAUAACUCCUUGUGUAACUAUUUUUUUUUUCCAACUUGCUAUGCAUGUCAUGAAUACUGAAUUCGUCCAUCCUUUUUGAUUACUUAAUUGAAAUACAGCAAACUCGUUUUCAACA